UUCGCCUCGCCCAUCCACAAAUCCGCCGCGCCCAAACCAGGAGGAAGAGGAGGUAAGAGGAAAAGGUAGGUGACGAGAGAGAUGGAGGGGGCGGCGACGGCCAUGGACUUCCACGCGCUCUCCCGCCGCGAGCUGCAGGCGCUGUGCAAGCGCAAUGGAGUCCGCGCCAACAUGACCAACGCCGCCAUGGCCGAUGCCCUCCAGUUGCUCCCCUUGGUGGAUGGGAUCGACGAGAUCGGCACGACGCUCUGCCUCCCGACGCCGGGCAGGUCGACGAUGAAGUCGGCUUUGAAGGCCGCUGCGGCGAUCGGUGAGGAGGAGGAUCAGCAGCAGCAGCACGGGAGCCCGCUUCCCCGUGGCCGCCGCGUGUCGGUGAAGUCGCCGGAGGCCAUCCGGAUGGACGUCGAGGAGGGCGAGGACGAGAUGAAGCGAGAUCUCGGCAGGGAGAUCAUGAGGACCCCUGGCGUGGCGCUGCGCAGUACCAGCCGCCGCGCGCGGGCCACGCCCGCGCCGAUCCCCCCGACCCCUGCGGCGUCAAGCGUACGCGCGACGACUCGGCGGACCACCGCCACGCGCAAGACGGAGGAGGCGGCGCCGACCCCAGCUACUCUGCGGAGGAGCCAGAGGACGGCUGCUCGGAAGGCCUCUGCUCCGAUGGAGGAGGAGGUCACGACAACAAAGACAACUGCUAGGAGGUCUGCGAGAUCGAAGGUAAUGAUUGAUAUAGAACAGGAGGUGGAGGACAUGGCAAUGGCACUGAAGGAGGUGAAGGUUCAGGAAGAGGAUCCGAAAGAUGCUGCCUCUAAUGAGAAAUGUGAUGAAACUGAGGUAGCGGAAGCUACUAAGCUUAUGGAAGAAGGAAGUGGUAAAGAGGAGGAAUCAGAGGAGGGUGAGGAAGUUGUUUCCUCUGUUGUGCUGAAUGCACUUGCAUUAGUUUCAGAUAAGAGUUGUGAUGACCCCAAGGAGGAAAUGGUUGCAACUGGUGAAGAAUCAGCUAAAACCCAAGAAGUGGAAGGAGUUGGGAAAGAGCAAGAGCUCACUAGUGUUGUGAAUUCUGCUCACAUGCCAACCAUGGAGGAUUCGCCAAUCCUAGGAGUCCUGUCCAAGCCAGAACGUGUGGAACCGCUCAGCGAGAAGGUAGAACAUGCCUCUGUUGGCGAUUGUCCCCGCAUUGGUGAAUUGUCAGCAGUGAAUGAGAUAACUGGAGAGAUGAGCGAUAAGGAAGUGGACGCCGAUGAAGUGCCAGAAGAGAAGCUUUCAACUGAUAUAGCAGGUGACAAGACCGGUAGCGAGGAAGAUGGCCUCAAUGCAAGGAAGGAAGCAUCUGCCGUUGAGAUGCCACAGGCUGAUCUAACAGGCGAUGAGACCAGUGAGGAAGAGGAUCUGAAUGUAGUGAAGGAAGGGGCGGUCGAUGUGGAGCUGCAGGCUGAUCUUAAAGAUGCUGAGACCAGUGAAGACGUUGAUAUUGAUGAGUAUGCUGCCACUGAGGCCUCCAGUGAGGAGACUGAUGGGGAGAGUGACCCCUCUGAAGUGGACACUGAUUCUGAAGAAGAGGAAGCAGAAAUGCCGCCGGUCACAGUAGAGGAUGCCUUGAUUACCGAGAUCAACCAUGCUGGUGAAGAAGAAGAUGAGGCCUCCAGUGAGGAGACUGAUGGGGAGAGUGACCCCUCUGAAUUGGCCACUGAUUCUGAAGAAGAGGAAGCAGAAAUGCUGCCGGUCACAGUGGAGGAUGCCUUGAUUACCGAGAUCAACCAUGCUGGUGAAGAAGAAGAUGAUUUCAGCGAUGACCUGCCACCGGAGUUUGACAGUGCUGGCAACUUCACUGAUGCUGAAACUGAAACUGAGAGUGACUCCACUGCUGUGACUUCAUCUGCUGCCAAGGCUGCUGCUGUGAAGCACCUGGAUGAUGAGUCCUCCGUCACCGAAUCAUCCAGUGAGGAGGAGGUUUCUCAACAGGAGAUAGAAGCCUCACUUAAGACCAUCGUGAAGUCCCUUGAUGUGUUCACCAUCACCCAGCAGGAUGAACUGGCUGAAGAGAUGAAGAGCAUUGAUGUUGCUGAGGCAGCGGGAGCAAAGGAGCUGAAGAAGAACAACAAUCUGGUGGAGGAUCUCAAAGGCAAGAGCCUAAGGAAGCUCAAAUCCAUGUACAAGGAUAGCCUCAUUGCCAAGGCUGCCACAGAAGGGAAGAGGCUGGCGCUUGCAGAGCUGGAUGACAACGCCGGUGUCGGCUGCUGAUCGACGGCGGAUGGGCGCCAGGCUGCAAAAAUUCGUACCUGCAUCUGCUCCUAUGUGUGGCUGAAUAACAGAGGAGAGCUCUAGUUGUGAAGUGAUAACUAUAGCUUCGUCUGGGUGACUUGAAUACUCAUCAGGUUGUGAAACCAUUGGUUUCCAAUCCUGCAGUUUGCCGUUUCAUUUUUCUUGUGGUCGUUAUGUCUUUGUACCCGUUCCGUCGUGAAACUUUAAGACCCUAUAAUAUAAAUUUUUGCUGUUUAUCGGUAAUCAGAAUUAUUUGUUCUUCACUUGGUCCCGUUGAUAAAUGAUACUACUGUAAUAAUUAUUCUUAAUACUUUGACAAAACGCCACUACUUGCAUCUGAGAGAAAAACGGACGUCUCACUGCAGUUUGCCGUUACAUUUUUCUUGUGGUCGUUAUGUC